AUGGCUAGUAGAAGACAGAAGAGUUUCCUCUUCGUGAUUUUCAUCCUCUUCUUCGGGUCUAUCAUAUUACCAUACUCGUCCCUUUACUGUAAAAAUAAAGAAUCAGCAGAUUCUCCAAAAGAAAUACUAGUACGUUGUCCUACAUGUCCGCCCUCUCUCUCUACUCCCCGCUCAAUAGAGAAGGAAGUCGAGAAGGAAGUAGCAGCAACUCACCCUCCAACUGAUAAAAAGGAAACAGAAAAUCAUCCAAUUGUUCCGACCAACCUUUCUACCAAUGUGAUACACGGGAAAACUUUAUAUAAAGAGAAUCCACUAGUUUGGGCCAAAGUUGGAAAUGCGACUUUUCUCUCUGCCUAUUACGAGGACAGGAAAGAGCGAUACGGUCCUUCAAUAGUGCUGUUAGGAUACCAGAGCAGACGAACAGAAGGAGGUACGUUUUAUUGUCUGUUUCAUUACAAAGAGGGAGAUGGGGAGAGAACGCUCUCUUGUCAGUCGCAGAAAUCAGUUUAUAUCGAAAUGGACGUUUGCAACUAUCAGAAAGAGAUGAAUGAGAACAAGCCGUACAAGUAUAAACAUGUGUUUCAUGUUUGUCGCCUUCCGGGAAGCGAUGCCCGAGUACCCAUGGCUGUCUCACUUAGCUUCGCCCAAACAUGUGAGCCGUCGUCCACCCCUGUACCAGUGUACAUCUAUCGGCCACUGGUAAAGGCUAAUAUAGGGGUGUGUCUGGAGACACCUGUUUUUGGAAAGAGUUUGGAGGAGAUGGUCAAUUUUAUCGAAAUGCAGCGAAUUUUUGGAGCUCAAACCAUUACUAUAUAUUUAUUGGACAUGUCGACUGAAAUAGAAGAACAAUUAAAGAGAGCAUAUGCCAGAGAUGAGAGCUUAACACUAGAGGUCUUACACUGGCAUAAAGGUUUUAAGGAGAAGGACACUUUACAUUACUAUGGUGAGAUACUAGCAAUACAUGACUGCUACUACAGGAACCUGCACAGAGUGAAUUACCUUGCAAUGCUUGAUCUUGAUGAAGUCAUUGUAUCCAGAACACACUCAGACUGGCAUCAGAUGCUACAUGAAAUUGAUAAAGAUUACAUCCAUAGUUUUAUAUUCAUCAACACCUUUUAUCUUAAAACACAGGAUGAAGAAUUACUGAAAGACAAAACCACCGAACUGCAAUCCUAUCUUUGUCCUGGUCACUCUCUACCGCCAUACUUCCUGUACUAUGAGAAAUCACAGUGUCGUUUUCAUUAUUAUGAGAGAUCUAAAUUCAUCGUAAAACCACUAAAAAUACUAGAUACUGAUAUACAUGCACCUUGUAGGAGAUUAAGGGAGACAACUCAUCCGCUGCUUGUACCUCAUGGUAUGGCAGUCAUUCAGCACUACAGGGACAAGCCUACCAUUGAGUGUAAGCGGAAUAGAAAAACUAAGAAAUACAAAGUGAGUUAUGAUGAUUCGUUGCUAAGAUAUGGGAAAGAAUUCUUAUUGGGAACUAAGAGAAAGUUGUGUCCAAAUAUUAAUUAAUAUUUUAUUGUUCUUCUUAGUUAUUAUUAUUAUUAUUAUUAUUAUUAUUAUUGCUAUUAUAAGAGACAAGGGGUGAACAAUAGCAUAGAAAGAUAGAGGGAGUACUACAGA